UAAACUAAGCAUAGUGCUCUUCAGUAGUGAGGCAGAUAGAAGAUGACAACACUGUUUCCUGUCCCGUGUGUGUGCUGGUGUGUUAGAGAAUGUUAAUGUCAGUGUAGCUCUGUCAGGCUCAGCAGAAGGAAUUGCUGUGUCGCAUUAAUAUUGCCAAUCAGAUGUAAGGGAGGGGUCAACACACCAUAUAGGACCGUUAUUGCUUUCACAGGAACAGAGCUGGUGAGGACCUGAGAAAGGGAACGACAAACAUCGGAUGUUCAAGUGCUGACACUCAAACCCAGUUUAUCAUUCUUACGUUCUUGAUUUUGGAGACAGAAUGAGCUUCUUAUUGGGGUUAUUGCUUCUUCUGGCUCCAUGUCACUCAGCUGCAGAUGAACCAAAGGGGAUUUUUGCACAGUUCGGAAACUCUGUUACUCUUCCCAGGAGGAUAUGGGGGAUAGAAGGCAAAAUUCAUGUCAACUGGUACUUCCAGGAUAACUUACUAAUUAGUAGGAAUCCUACAUUAUCCGCUUCAAAAACAGUGCACAACCGAUUCUCUCUUUCAUCAGACUCAUCUCUUAUCAUUUCUAAUGUUGAAAAGUCUGACUUUGGAAUUUUCAAAUGUGAACAGCAUCACCUUGUGGAAACUAUUACAGACACAUAUAAACUUUAUGAAGUAAUGAUGUCUACACCGCCACCACUGCUGGUUGGUGCCAGUCUCGAUCUGUCCUGUGAAAUUGAAAGUGAAGGAUUUAAACUUGUUCAUGAAAUAAAAUGGUUCGGGCCUGAUAAUACAUUGUAUGUCGGAUCAUCUUCUUCGAACAAACGCACUCUCAGGGUAACCAAAGUCUCCAGCAUUCACAGUGGAAAGUGGACCUGUGCAGUGCGGUAUGGUGCUAGCAUCACAUUAAAGGCCAGAACAGAUGUCAUCAUUGUAGAUCUCGCCUCCUCUUCACCGGAUCCCAUCUAUACAUCUGACUCCUCCAUUAAUUUCCUUAUCCCUUGUUCCUUAUCCUCAAAAAUUCCCUGGUCCACAGUGAAUGCCACAGGUGUGACGGGAGGUAGCUGGCAUUUCACUCCAUUUAAAUCUUCUGAAUCCUCGCUCCCUCUCCUCAAAUUACAACUCAAUCCCUCCCCUGCCUGGAAGUUCCCCAGUGGCACACACACCUUGCUCAUGGAGACUGAUUUGAAAAAUCAUGAACUCGGUGUGAAGAUUUCCAAGGUGUCUAUAAAUGAAAGGGGGAACUACACCUGCAGUCUCGAGUUCGGGUCAAGAACACUCAGCAGGAGCGUGCAGGUAGAGGUGCUGCAAGUUAUUUCUUCAGAAGGUAAAGUUAUAUAUGAGGGUAACACAGUGAACUUGACCUGCACGCUGGGUCAUCACAUGACCCCUGACCUGGAAGUGAACUGGAUACCUCCCUAUGGUUCAUCUCUGUCAAAACUCAGCCCUCCUUAUACCACAAUGCUGUCUAUCCCUGGAGUAAGUGUGAAGGACAGCGGGCGAUGGACAUGUCAACUCAAAAAGAAUGCAACAUUGCUUACAUCAGCUACAAUCAGUUUGAAAAUAGAGAAAGCUCCAGUGAAUAUUUGGCUUGUUGUAGCUAUUAUUGGUGGUCUUCUGGUCUUCAUCUUGAUUGCUGUAAUAACUGUCUUCAUCAUUCGUAGGCACAGACAGAUGAUGAGGUAUAGAUGCCGUAAGGGGAGAGUCUGCUGCUGUAAGAAUCCCAAGCCCAAAGGUUUCUACAAGACCUGAAUGAAGCCUCUUCUUGAACAAAGGAACCUGCUGGACUGAAAAAGCUGGAGUCCCACAUCAUAAAUGAAGCUUGCUGAGCUGGAGUUUAAAAAAAUCAAGACAGUAGAAACAAUUCCAACAAAAAAACAUGUAAUAAACAUCAGUUACCAGAAAUGACUGUAUCAAAAACAAGAAGACGUCAUGUAAAUGCACUUCCUUUACAGCUGUACAUACAUAAAAGCUUGGUGUAAUAUGUGCUUAGUAUAAAACAGUAUGAAACAGUACACAAAAACAGUAUGAUAAACAUUUCAUUGAAUAUAUAUAUUUUUUAUAUAUAUAAUCAUAUAUUAUCAUUAUAAUAUCACAUAAUUACAUAUUAUUAGAUUAUUUUAUAUUUCAUACCAGAAUUCAUAUACUUAGCUAUACAUGCAGCAUACUCUAUGUGCUUAGCUAAACUGAUAAACUGAUGGAUGUAUAUGUGAGUGUGUUUAAAGUGUGUAUUCUGUGUAAAUAAAUAUUUAAAAAUAUUUUAAAGAA